AUGACGGAAGAUAAAAAAUCGGAGACAGGACAAGAGGUCCAGGAAACAGGACAAACGGUUCAUCACCACCAACAACAACCCUCCCUCAAAGACACUAGCUCCGGAUCUCCUCGUAGCCAGAAUGAGCCUUACUUCGAUGAUUCCCCCACGUCAACUAAACCGACCAGGACUCAAGUGGCUCGAGAGACUAUAGAAACAUACAACAAUUACAGAAAUAAGCGAAAGACAAAAGAUCACAACUGGUGGGGAAGCAAGCACCAUGAACCCGAAAGAGGCGAUCCGGAUCGUGAAUUUCGGUUCGCACGGAACAUGUCAGUAUCAAACCAAGAGAUCAAGGAUGCGCAACAGGCGUAUGAUGCUAGAAUAAUUGACCCUUUUGCAGGUAAACCCGACCCACUGGGCCUUCACUUGCGACCUACAACUCCUCCAAUGGAGAAAGCCGAGAAGCAGAACAAAGGCCUGGAGGACCAAGGGGUUAAUGAACAAGAAGGAUGUCUCUGUCCACUCGAGAUGGCCACGCAGCAGCACGAUGUAACUGAGAAGCUAGGCCAAACCAUCAAAGAUUGUGAAGAAAAGGAGUCUCGCUGUCAGCAGCUGCAAACUGAAAACAGCAAGCUCGAGAUGGAAGUCCACAGGCUCAAAGAGGAGACAGAAAGGCUACAACAAAAGGAAAAAGAGAAGACGGAUAUACAAAACGAACCCUGUGGUAACUAA